AUGAAGGUACAUCUCUUCGGGGAAGCGUGGAGCCCAUCAUGUGCUGGAUAUGCACUACGACGAACAUUCCAAGACCACGGGCAAAGGCUCCAUGAAGAAAUUGAGAAAGCAUGUCGCAACUUCUAUGUCGAUGAUCUGCUUCUUUCACUAGCAUCACCAGGGAAGGAGGCGGCAGUCACUCACCAACUGAGGCAGCUGAUGAAGAAAGGCAGGUUCACACUCACAAAAUGGAUCUGCAACCACAAAGGAGUCCUCAGAGCAGUCCAACAAACGGAAAGUGCCACGGAAGUAAAAGGAGUACUUUUUAAGGAAGACAGGCCCCCAGCUGAGCGAGCAUUGGGAAUCAUGUGGGAUCUAGAGAAUGAUGAGCUUGCAGUCCGAAUCCAGAGCCAGACGAAGCUGCAGAAGAACCGAGGUCAACUGAGUAUGGCCAGCUCCAUAUACGAUCCAUUAGAAAUCAUCGCCCCGAGCACCAUACGAGCCAAAAUCAUAUUCCAGGACUAG